AGAAGAAAUCGAUUAGAAAUUUUGCUCGGGUCGUCACAACGAUAUCGCACAAUAUUGUUUUCAAGACAGUAUAUUGUUGGUCUGUUUCCGGUGUCGUUUGUAUUCAGUCUAGAGCAUAUUGUAAGAGCAAGUCGCAAAUACAGAUUUUCCGUGAAUAAUUAUUGUUUUUUUCGAAGCGCAUAUCCCCGCCCAAAGUUCAGAAGUGGGAUUACGGAAGUGAAAACACGUUUUUGUGAAUAUCGCGGAAAACAUUAGCUCUAGAGUGCCUUCGAAAGAAAACAUCUGAAGUUGGAGUUUGUGUUGGCAGCCGAAACACCGCCAUUUUGAGUUGCAGCAAUGUCUUCUGACGAGUCGGCCGAUGAAUCUGAGCAGACUGUUGUUCGACGGAAAAAACAGUUCAUCAAAAGAAGGAGUGCUCCGAAAAUCAGCACGUCCGACGCCCCCCGGGGAUCAACGCAGCGAUAUCCGUCGCCGACACAGCAGGUAUCUCGUGACACGUUUGAGCAGGUUCGUCCAGCGGCCAAAAUGGCGGCACUGCACAUCAAGAAGGAGGAAGUAUCCAGUGAAUGCGAAGAAUCGAACACGGGCUAUGCGUCCCAGAACACUCUAUCUGCAGAACGGAUUGAAAGAGGCGAUCGGUCGGCCGGGCGGCGAAGAGAAACGUUGCUACAUCCUUUGGAAGUGGAACGCAUAAUUCCAGCCUACGAUGGGAAGCAAAGCAGCGCCAGGUGGAUUGCGAAGAUUGAAGGUUAUGCUCAGUCUUACGGAUGGACUUCGCGGUCGUGUCUCCAUUAUGCCCACACCAGGUUGACGGGAACGGCACGGAAAUGGUUCGAGGCUCAAGACGAGGGAAGCCUAUCUUGGAUCCGAUUCAAACAGUUACUUCUACAGGCGUUUCCAGGAUACACGAAUGAGGCAGAGGUUCAUUUCAAGCUAGCGAACCGUGUUCGCGGAAAGGAUGAGGACGCUGAAAGCUUUGUGUACGAUGUACAAAGGAUAGCUAAGGAAGGAAACCUGUCUGAAGAAGCUAUUAUUACGUACGUUGUGAGGAAUAUCAAUGACGACAAACUACAAGAGCACCUGAUCAGUAAGGAUCCUCGCAGAUGCGUCGAUGCUGUAUCAUGUAUUCAACGGUUUGUGCGUAUGCGUGAAACAGUUCUACCGAAGCCGAUUGUACCAAUGAAGAAGGAAAUGAAGUUGCUUCCCGUUAGACAGUCCACAGCACCGGACAGUGAAGACAGCCUCAAAAUACCAUUCGUUCGUCGUUGCUUCAACUGUAACGAAUUGGGUCAUCUGUCAGUGAACUGUCCCAAGACGCCGAAGAAGUCAAGAUGUUCCAAAUGUGGAAAGGUCGGCCAUGAAUCGUCCAACUGUGCAACUUCAACAUCGCAGCUGCUGCAAAAGUCUGGACCAGCACACAUUCGGUUUUUGGAAGGAGAACAAUCAACCGGUGAAGCUCAUUCUACAGAAGAAGCCUACUUCCUAGAGGUGGAUGAAGGCAGUCGUCUGCCUGUAACGAUGAUCCUAGGGGACCGGUGCCGCUCAUCGGACGCGCUUGUUGAUUUAGGAGCUUCGGUUGAGCAUUAGUUCUUUGGUAACUCUAUCGAGGUCGAUAGAUGUAGGAUGGCCGAGCUGUAAGCAUAGAGAAGAAAUCGAUUAGAAAUUUUGCUCGGGUCGUCACAACGAUAUCGCACAAUAUUGUUUUCAAGACAGUAUAUUGUUGGUCUGUUUCCGGUGUCGUUUGCAUUCAGUCUAGAGCAUAUUGUAAGAGCAAGUCGCAAAUACAGAUUUUCCGUGAAUAAUUAUUGUUUUUUUCGAAGCGCAUAUCCCCGCCCAAAAU